CAGCGGAAUCGCCUAGCACAAGUGGACAAACAGUGCCGUUCGGCGACCGCCCAAAAAACAAAAGGGAGCGUCAAACAAAAAGGGGGUGAGCAGCAGAACCGCCCGACAUUUAGAGCAGAGCGCACUUUUCCGCUCAAAUCUACGGACGGUUAGAAAAUAAACGUUGACCGCUUAGCGGGUAGGUAACGAGUGAGCACGAAGAAAAUAACGCAGGGAUGAGACCAGAACAGCUGUGAAAAAGCGACUGUGGCGGCCAGGGGCAGAAGGGUAGACAGCGGUUAUUACGGGGACCGCUCAGCCAUUCGGUGUAAAGAGUAGCCGCCAAAACCCGCUGCUUUUCACGACUAAGGGGCAAUUGUUGGGCCAUAGCUGAGCGGUAUUGGGCUUAUAAGCCCAGGGCUUGUAAGCCCACAGAAAGCCCAAGGAGAAAGGCCCGUCGGGGGGCCCGAGAAGCGGACAUGGGGAACAGAGAAAGGAGGGCGGCCGCCCUAGGAUGGGACAGGUAGUAGGCCGCCUGACACAAGGAGCCGUUACUCGGUAUAGGGCGAGAUCUCCCCAAGAUACUCACCUCGAACUCCGCAGGACUGAGCAUUAAUUGCCCGCCGUAGGCGGUCUAGAUAAAGAAGGGUCGAUCUAGGACGCCUGACAAUGGCAUUUAAUGCCCGAAACCCAGACCAGAUCACUAUAAAUACAUUCAUAUCUGCAUUGAUGGUAAACCAACUACUCUCUCUCUCUCUAACCAUAAACACAAACUCUCUAUUCCAUCUCUAACUUAAGCAUCGGAGGGUGUCCAGGGCGACCGCCCAAGGACCCUUGUUUUGCAGGAGCAUUGGAGUACCCCAUCCUCUAGAACAGACGCAUCGCUCGUUCCUCUCAAGACCGCCUAGAACAUUCUAGGCUCAAACACAAACUCACCUCCAAGCCUCAAUUUCCCACUUACAGAACCACUCCAAGCUAGCAAUUGAUGCUGCCGUUGCUCGUUUCAACCCGAUUCCUCCUUCAUCCUCCAGAAACCCGCUCUGGGCUCGGAUUCCUCCCGACCCGGUUCUGCCGUCCAAUUCCCCGCCUGCUGCUACUCCUCCGUUGACCCCUCAAGCCAUCGAGGAGCGCUUGGCUGGCGUCCCAGUCUACGCCUUGAGCAACUCCCGCGACGAAUUCGUUCUGGUCUCUGGAGUUUCCACGGGAAAGUCUCUUGGAUUGAUGUGCUUCAAGAAGGAGGAUGCCGAUGCUCUCCUUCACCAGAUGAAGAGCAUGGACCCUGAAAUGCGCAAGGAUGGAUCUAAGGUUGUUGCCGUUGCUUUGAACAAGGUUUUCCAACUGAAGGUCGAUGGAGUUUCAUUGAGGUUGAUACCGGAGUCUGCCCAAGUGAAGAAUGCUCUUACUGAGCGGAAAAAGGUUGGACUGUCUGAUGAAGGGUUCCCUGGGGUUCCAGUUUUCCAGUCAAGGAGCCUGGUGUUGAGCAGCCAAACCAAGAACUACCGCCCUGUAUUCUUUAGAAAGGAGGACUUGGAGAAGUCUCUUGUCCGAGCUUCACGUGACCAGAAGAAACUAAAUCCUCUCUUCAGGGAUGGAGAUAUUCAGGUGGCUGUUUUUGAAGAAGUAAUCAAGUCCAUGAAGGAGAAUUCGGGUUCAACGUGGAACGAUGUAGUGUUCAUCCCACCUGGGUUUGACGUCUCCACUGAUCCUACCGCCCAGGAACAGGAGUGAAAACUGCAAGUUGGCGGAUCAUACGUUCGAGUUUCAACACCCAGCAUGUAGUGUGUAAUGUUCUGUUAAACCCUUUGGUUAGAAGUAGACAUUUCCUUCAUGAACAAGCAUCAUCGUGCCUCCAUCAGCAUGCUAACCGGAUUGUAUCGAACUUCAUGUUUAUUUCCUCCACUUUUUCCGCUGAAGUAAAUAUCUUCUAAAUGUGGCAAGAUCACCAUUUUUACAGGAACUGGGGAGUGAAUAGAAAGGCACCAUGAGAAUCGGAUCGGGUGGCAGGGAAGGUCAACCAGUGAAUCGUCCACCUUCCAUGCCAAUUCAAUACCAUUUCUGUUGCAGUCUCCCAUCCCUCUCUUGACCCAAUCAACCUCGGUAAAAAACAGUCUCCCAUGUUGCAUUUUUACCAUUUACCAUAACCCUAGAGUAUAGUAGUAUAUAAAAUCAUCUCAUCAUCAACUACCUAAAUCCAUUCAUCAUUCAAUCAAUCUCCACCAUCAUUACCGUUACCAUUACUACCUAGAAAAUAACUCCCUAGUAUCAUCACAUCAUCAUUAGCUCCACUAUUGUUCUUCCCAUCAUUCCUCAUAAUUCAUACAAUUAUACCAAAUUGAUUAAGAUUUGAUCAUGGGUUCUCUGCUUUGUUACCGAUGGUUAAAGUCACAUGAUCAUGGCCACCAUCACGAAGUGUUGGCGAUGGUGGCGAUUGGGGUGAUGAUCAUGUUGAGCAUAGGGCCUCAACGGGCUAUCGCGGCGGCACCAAACUUCUUUGAGGAUGUAGACAUCACGUGGGGCGGCGACCGUGGGAAAGUUCUCAACGGAGGCAACAUUAUCUCCCUUUCUCUCGACAGGAACUCCGGCUCGGGGUUCCAGUCCAAGCUCGACUACAUGUACGCCAGAAUCGACACCCAGAUCAAGCUCGUCCCUGGCAACUCAGCCGGCACCGUCACCGCUUAUUACAUGUCUUCACAAGGCCCCGUCCACGACGAAAUCGACUUUGAGUUUCUCGGCAACGUGAGCGGACAGCCCUACACACUCCACACAAACGUGUACACACACGGGCAGGGCAACAGGGAGAUGCAAUUUCGCCUCUGGUUCGACCCUACGAGGAACUUCCACACCUACACCGUCAUCUGGAAGCCCCAGCACAUCAUCUUCAUGGUGGACAACAUUCCAAUAAGGGUGUUCAAGAACCUUGUCAAGUAUGGAGUUCCCUACCCAAGGAAGCAGCCAAUGAAGCUCUACGCCAGCCUGUGGGACGCCGAGGACUGGGCCACGAGAGGUGGGCUUGUGAAGACGGACUGGACCAUGGCCCCCUUCACGGCCUACUUCCGCAACAUGGUGGCCCAACAGUACAAGAACUUCUCGCACAGUGGGAGCGGGUCGUUGAUGGAAGCAGGCCACGAUGAUUUGGGCCCCCACGCUAGGAAGAGACUGAGAUGGGUCCAGGCCCACUUCAUGAUCUAUAACUACUGUACCGACGCCUACCGGUACCCGCAAGGCCCACCUACCGAGUGCAAGCACGCCAGAGUUUGAGUUGAUUGAUCCAUCGAGUUCGCGAAUGCUGCAUAUUUUUCAUACCUUUUUUCGGUGUAUUGUUGUCGAGGCAUUCAUCGUCGGCAAUAGUGAUUGUGCUUCGAUAAUGUUGUUGCUCGUGCCUAGUUAGCCUAGUUAUAGGUUUACAAUGUUGUCUUUGUUUCGAGUAAUGAUCAAUAUGUUGCACCCAUCAAUUAUGUUGUUGUUCUUUCAUCGUCAAAAGCAUACUUUAAUCUUGAUUGGUAGAAAUUCGAAUUAUCCAUUUUUUUGUCGUUUCGACU